AUGUAAUAAUUAAUCUCUCAAGGUGCAGAAGCCAGGAUUUACAAAAUUUAGUUUUUGGGUGAUUAGGCCAUUUUAAAGGAGAGAUUAUCAAAAUAAUAUCGAUUGAAACAACUAGAUGACAGAAUUACUACUGAGAGAGUUAAAACUGUACGAAAUAUCACUUAAUUAGGAAUCAAGAUUGUUGUGUAAGGCUAGAUAGUUAGGAGUUAAUGUUCCACACUUAUAUUAUGUCGACAAUAACUAGAUAAUUAUGAUGUUUAUAGAUGGGGUUAAACUAAAAGAUUAUUUGAAUGCUUUAGAAAAGGAGUAAAAAGCAAAUGAGAUCUAGCAAAUCCUAAUUUUAGUUGCUCAAGAUAUUGCGAAAUUGCACAAUGGAGGGAUUAUUCAUGGGGAUUUGACCACUUCGAAUAUUUUGGUUUAGAAUUCAAAACCAUACUUUAUUGAUUUCGGAUUGAGUUAUACUAAGGUUGGAUUUGUAGAGGAUUAUGCUGUUGAUUUAUAUGUGCUGGAAAAAGCCUUUCUGAGCACUCAUCCUACGUUGGAAGAUGCAUUCUAAAUUUUAUUAGAGGAGUACAAAAAAUUAUCGACGAAAGGGUAGCAAGUAAUUGACAAGUUAAGGGAGGUUAGACAAAGAGGAAGAAAGAAGGUAGCAUUUGGAUGAUAUGAU